AUGAGUGCUGAACCAACAGACAAGGCUUUUGAUAUGUCCAGCAAGCAGGCAAAAACAGCCGUCAAGCCCAAUCUCCUUGAUCCCACAGGAGACACACGAGGCUCGUUCCAGUGCCACAGUGAAUCCUCACAAGUGGAAGACUCGCAGAACACUGCUCAGGAGAUCGCCAUCUCCCCCGAGGAACAGGCAAACCUGCGGACCGAGAACAGCAUCCUUCGGGCUGAGUGUGAAAGACUCGAAACAAAUUGGGAUGAGCUGUUUGAGUCACUCGGUGAAAAGCAAGCUCGCCUUAUGGGACGGCUUGACAAGCUCCAGUCCCACAAACAACGUCUUGUGGAGCAGCUUUCACAGAUUAGGGAGAAACGCAAUACAGGAGCAGGGAAAUCGGGAGCAGGGGAGUCGGGAGCAGAGGAAUCGGGAGCAGAGGAAUCGGGAGCAGAGGAAUCGGGAGCAGAGGAAUCGGGAGCAGAGGAAUCGGAAGCAGAGGAAUCGGGAGCAGAGGAAUCGGGAGCAGAGGAAUCGGGAGCAGAGGAAUCGGGAGCAAGGGAAUCGGAUGACUAG